AUGCACAAGAACCGCUGUCUCCUGUCUGCUUUGCCGGCGCCUUCUCAAAAAGAAGGCAACGGAGGUCUGUACAGACUUCUUUCUCGGAAACUCUUCUUCUCUUUCCUUCCUCGAACCUGCUUUUUCUGGAGGCCGACCCCGACGCAGUUGGAUCUCAAGCUGCACAAGCUUUGUCCUCUCGCAACUUGGCUUCGCCGAUCUUUCUUCACUUGCUCCUCCUCUCUGCCUGACUGGGAACUCCGCUUCGCGUUUGCCUCCCCCGCUCCUCCAUCCCAUCCCCUGCCCUGCCGCUGGCUCUCCUCGGUCUCUCUCGCAUGCUGUUCCUUCUUUUCUUUUGUCUGCUCCACCCAUCGCCUCUUCUCUUCUUCUUGCUGCUUCUCUUUCACAGGCUCCCCCUCUGGUCUUUCCGUUCUUUCUACGUCUUCCCUCGCUCUUCCCUCCCUUUUCCCUCCCUUUCGCCUUGCUUCUCACGAUUGGACCUUAAUCUCUAUCUCUCUUCAUCCUCUCUCUCUUCAUCCUCUCUCUAUCUCCCGUUAG